AUGUCGUCCCAGAGCCAAGAGACGUACUCGCAGCCGGUGGUGCCGGACAAGAUACCCACUGGAGAGUAUCCUCUCAUCGACAAUGACCCACACUUCAACCGUGUUAUAAGAUACAGUCGGCCCUCCGACUGGCUCUAUGGCGCCGGAGUCGGAGCCGUCAGCCCUGCGCUGAUGCUGUACUGGGAGAAAGUCUCCCCCUCCUUCGUCGGCAAGGGAGGCUUUGCGCCCAUAAUGCGCCUGAGCGCUGCCGUCGGCGUUACCGGUGCUUUCAUAUUCGCAUACUCGAGGUCGUCCGCACGCUUCUACGGCGCCCGCGAGAACCGCCGCGAAGUUGACAUGGACAUGCGAGAGAUGGUGGACAAGGUCAAGAGGGGCGAGCCGCUCUACGGCAAGUCGGAGCUCACGGAGUACAUGCAGGGAGUGGCACACAGGAACUCGCGAUAUGCGGGUGUCUUCUCGCAUGUUAUCCCGUGGCCGAACUUUGUCAACCACCCGUAUCAUGGUGUGGACACAGCGAAAUACUACCGACAGGCGGAAUUGGAGCUGGAGCAGGAGAGGCAGGGCCGAUGAGGGGUCAGCGCACAAGAACAAUUCAGCAAAUUCCAUUAGGCGAUUGGCGGCUGUAUAUAAGUUAAAGAGCCAAGACGGGAUGUAUCAACAUGCGUUUCUUUGAUCAUUCUGAUUUGAUGCUACUUAUUUCUGGCUAGCUAACCUGAUGCCAGCUUCCCGAGCACCUCCUCUUGCCCGAAGGCCAUCAUCUUGUACUUGGAGAUCCAGUCAUCGC